UAGAGUAAUCGUAAAAACAAAAUAAAAUCAUUUUAGUUUGAGUUAGAACAUGUGUUAUUAUAAGUUAGCGUAACACACAAAAAUUAAUCAUAAAUGUCUGAUAAUAAUUGGUAGUAUACUUGUACAGUAAAUUCUUUAUUUUCCUUUUCCCAAUCUUUUUCUAAAAGCGAGUGUGGUCAUACUGCUGUGGUAAUUCGUCACCGAGAAGCGGAUGAAGUUUAUCCUCCAUCAUUAGUGAAGGCUUUGCUUGUCAGAAGAGAGAGGAGUGUUGGUUGCCGGUGUUUAUUGUAGUUUUAAUUUAAUUUUAAACUAAGUUAUGCGUAUGACCCAAGACAUGGACGAUGAUGAAAAGGGAAAGCUUUUCGUCGGAGGGCUAUCAUGGGAGACUACUCAGGAGAACCUGCAGAGGUUCUUCUCGAGGUACGGCGAAGUGAUCGAUUGCGUCGUCAUGAAGAACAGCGAGUCGGGCAGGUCGCGCGGCUUCGGCUUCGUCACAUUUGCCGAUCCCUCGAACGUCAACGUCGUCCUGCAGAAUGGACCGCACUCCCUGGACGGAAGAACUAUAGAUCCAAAACCAUGCAACCCACGCACCCUACAGAAACCAAAACGGGGCGGAGGCUACCCCAAAGUUUUCUUGGGCGGCCUGCCAUCCAACGUGACGGAAACCGAUCUCAGGAUGUUCUUCGGUCGCUACGGAAAAGUUAUGGAAGUUGUCAUCAUGUACGACCAGGAGAAGAAGAAAUCAAGAGGUUUCGGUUUCCUAUCCUUCGAGGACGAAGUUUCUGUAGAGCGUGUCACACAGGAGCACUUCAUCAAUUUAAAUGGCAAGCAAGUGGAGAUCAAACGUGCCGAGCCCAGGGAUGGCAGUGGCGGCGGUAAAAUGGGCGGAGCCAACGACGGCUCUCAAUGGGGACCCCCGCAAGCACCCAUGGGCAUGAUGGGUGGACCCAAUGGUCAAAUGGGAGGACCACCGAUGAAUGCCAUGAUGGGUGGACCUAACAUGAUGCAGGGAUACCAGGGUUGGGGCACCUCACCUCAACAAACAAGCUAUGGAGCAUAUGGAACUCCAUCUGGUCCCGGAUCAUACCAGGCAUGGGGAGCACCACCAGGACCCCAAGGUCCACCUCCACAAUGGGGCAACAACUAUGGGGGACCUCCACAACAGCAAGGAUACGGUAGUUAUGCUCCAGGAGGUGCAUCAGGCGGUGCCAAUUGGAAUUCGUGGAGUAUGCCACAGAAUAGUGGAUCGACAGGAUCAGAUUUUGCAGGUGAUAUGUACUCGAGGCAGCAACCAGGACCCGGUGGUCCAUCAGGUUCGGUUCCGCCCGGCUCUUUACCCCAAAAUAACCCUGCUUCGUCCGUGUCUAAGCCCACUAGCGAUUAUUCCAGCUACGGAUACGGCUCUUACGGGAACGACCAGGCCUCGUCCUACGGGCAGCCGCCGCGCUCCGCCUACGGAACAGCGGCCGUCGACGGGACCGCCGUAGGAAGCACAGGAGGUGGUGACGGUCAAAGGAGCACCAGUAUAAAACGUGAGCGCAGCAGGGAAGCAGGAGGCAGCUACCAUCCUUAUCGCCGCUAAAAACACACACACACAACCUCCUCAUCGAUGAUCCAACUUUGAACAAAAUUUAAAUUCCCACAUGUUUUUUUUAUGUUUAAUAUGUCAUAUCUUUAUAUAUGUAUAUAUUUUUGAUGGAAAUAUUUUUUGGCCUAGAGCAAAUUCCAAUUUGCCAACGAUGGUCGAGGCAACCGCGCGCGCACUUUUUUUACAACUGUUAAUAACUUGUUUAUAUUUUUUGUUUGUACGUAACUUUUUGUUUAAUAUAAAAUCUGAGAAAAACGUUUAUGAGUGUGUAGUCUGUCGAUGUAGAAUGGAAUAUGUUUUGUUGUGUUUCCUUAGAGUUUUGGAAUGAAAACUUUGUACUAUUAUUAGCUGUUAGUAUAGGGUUAAAACUUUUGUAUCUCUUUUAUGAUCAGUAUUAGUAGGGCUCGGUUAGAUAACAUGGACA